AUGUCGGCCUCAAGAACCAGCCCUUCAUGGCUGUUAACACUCUUCACUGUCUUGACCGUGUUGUCCGCACAGGCACGCGCACUUCAUGUAUACAUGGAAGGCCAGCAACGAAAGUGCUUCUUUGAAGAAUUGCCCCAGGAUACAUUGGUUGUCGGAGCAUACAAGGCGGAAGUCUUAAACAGAGAAUCUAAUAUCUGGGUCCAGGACCCCUCGCUACAAGUCCUCAUCACAGUCGAAGAAAUCUUCGAUAACGAUCACCGAGUCGUUUUUCAGCGCACACCGAGCGAGGGCCGAUUUACAUUCACUGCCGCCGACGCUGGUCAACACAGAAUCUGCUUUACACCCGACUCGCAGAGCCAAGGUUGGCUGUCUAGUGCGCCCAGUGUGAAAUUGGCUUUGGACAUUGCUAUCGGCGCUACCAGCAAGAUUGAAACAGAGGACUCUGGAAAGAUGUCGGAUAUUACUCAAAGAGUGAGGGACUUGAACAGCCGAUUGGAGGAUAUCCGUCGUGAACAAGUAUUCCAGCGGGAACGAGAGGCCGAAUUCCGUGAUCAAUCCGAAGCUACCAACUCCCGUGUCGUCCGCUGGAGCUUGAUCCAGUUAGCCGUUCUGACCAUUACUUGUGCAUGGCAAUUGUCGCAUCUCCGAUCUUUCUUCAUAAAGCAGAAGUUGACCUGA